AUGUCGUUCUCUACAGCCAGCAGUAUCCCCAAGGCCAGUAUCAGGGACCUCCCCGACGAGCUACUUCUUCAAAUCAUCCCUCAACUUAUAGUCGAGCCGCGCUUUGACCGAAGCGCCUACGGAAACCUAACAUCUCUUGCCGCCGCGAACAGUCGCUUCCCCAAAGUCGUUCGAACCACCUUUCACGAGCUUAAAGCACUUACGGUUCCACUCCCAAAAGCAUUCGCUUUGUUCCGAACGCUUCGGGAUUUUCCCGCUAACGAAUGGGCGGAUAAAGUCAAGUCUCUCGAAAUCACAAAUUAUGUGACUCCUGAGGCUCGGAAAGCAAACUACGGCGGCGAUGAAGACGGCUGCAUGCGAAGACCCUGGAGCAGUUCCCGAGAAUGUCAUCUUCGGCGCAAAUUGCGCGCUGGACUUCUACAGUACGGGGAUGCGCAACGCCGGUCGAGAAUGCCGUCGAGGCAGUUCGCUAUCGAGGCCGAGGUCACUUUCCGGACAGAUUGCCUAAACACCAUCCGGGAGGCUGAGGACGUUAGCAACCGGAACAAGCGGAUGUGGGCAGACGCGCUCCGAUCAGGUCACAACAACGCUUUCCUUGCUCUGCUUCUUUCUAUACUCCCAAAUCUCGAGGAACUACUUCUUGGUGGCGGCCAUGUAUUUCACUAUCCGAUGUUGCUCAGGGAUGCAGACCCGUGGCAAGGACCAAUGAGUCCGCAGGUUGAUGGCCGACGUCACUGGACCAAUGACCCCUCGACGCAACAACUACGAGAGCACAAGUACCUCGCUCAAGUCUUCGAGUCCAAGUACUCUCGCCUCACCAAGCUGGAGCUGCCAUCCUCGUGGAGUGGUAUAACACUUUCCAGAGCCUACCUGAUAUCGCCCAUAUACUACCAUUUCGAUGACUUACAAACGUUGAUAAUUCCGGAGUCUGCGCUUCCACCUAGUCACGUCGUGCUGGCCAACGGACUUUUGUUCUCGGUGUUGCCGGUGAGCCUCAAGUCUUUGACUAUUGUUGACUGUAUGGGUCUCACUACGGGGUUUGUGAGACGCUUGCUGAACGACACUGUUGUCGAUCCGACCACUUAUCUUCCAGAUCUGCGCUCCAUCAGCGUCUACUACAUCGGACGGCCCCUUUACCCAACGCUCAUACAUGGAGACAUUAUGAGAGCGAAAGCACUCGGAAUCACGAUGGACCGUUUCUUCUUGAACUACGUAAACCCGACAACGACGCUGAUGGCUUCAGACGUGGGAGGUCAACCAUGGAAAUUGACUACAGACGAGAUAUUUGGAAACGCGAAAAUCCCAGCACUAGAUCGAGGUGUUUGCGAAGUGGCUGGACAUUGGGUGGGGAGCAAGCAAAAAACGGUUCGUCCCACUGGUAAAGCGAAGGAACAUUUCCGAAAUCGUCGUGGCUAG